AUGGGUAAAUUUAUGAGGUUGAAGAAUUUGCGUUACGAAGGUGGGGAGAAACAUAGGAUAUGUAAUAUUAACUCAAAUAUGUGGUCUUAUUUUAAAGUUGUGGGCAUUGUAAAUGAGUUUAAAUAUGUUGGUCAAUUUAAGUUAUGGUGGAAAUCAAGUACGAGAACUCUGGAUAAGGAUUUAAAACUCUUUAGUUUGGACAAAGAUGCAAUUGAGUUAGCAAAUUAUGCAGAGGAAAGUAAAGAUGAACCUAAUAUUUAUGUUGAACAUAUAGUUAAUGAAAUGCAUAACAUUGAGCUUGUACAUUUUAUUGAAGGUAGUAUGAGUGGUACGGUUGAUGGUGAGAGUCUUGUGAUUAAUGAACAAAAUCAGAUUGGUGUGGGUGCUGAGGUUAAUGAACAGGGUGAGGUUGGUGAGGAAGAAGGUCAGAUUGAUGUAGGUUUGAAUGGAAGUGAUAAAGAACUAUGUGAAAAUAAGAGGCAACUACCUAUUCCGACUGCAGGACUAAAUAUUUCAUAG